AAACACGAGAAGACACAGGGGCUAAAGCGUGUAACGACAGGGAAGUGAAUAAGUGCGCCUUUUCCGGAGCAUUAGGAACUUAGGAGAGUAGCAAAUAGCCGCGGCUGACUCGUGAUCUCUGCCGCCAUGGAUCCACAGAGCCAGACCACCUCACUGCAACGACUCCAAAACGUCGAAAAGAGAAUAGUGAGGGUAUUGGAGCUCGCAGGAGGGGUAAUGGAGGAAAUGGCGAACCCUAGUGGCCCGAGAAAGGAGCUUGUUAACAAUCACUGCAGUGAGUUCAUGCAAUUAGUUAAGGACAUUCAGAUGACGCUUCGGGAGGAAAUUAAAAGCGCGUGCGAAUAUCGUCCAUUUGAGAAGUGUGACUAUGUUCCGAGAAUAUCCAAUGAGAUUUGUUACAAGAAGCUAGAAUAUGUCAUUGCACAACUAGAUGAGAUGAAGCAAACUGUCGAGGAAUAUCAUGAUGCAACUUCAGGUUAAGCAUUGUGGAAUUCUAACCAAGCUUGCUUCAUGGUGCUUGCAAGAGGGAGCAUAUCAGCAGGACGCUGACAACGAUGCCUAUGGAUUUUGGGAUAGCCAUUUAGAAGUAUCUCUCUGUUCUGAGUUGGUUCUGAAUGCUCUCUUGAAUGGGGUUCGAUAUAAAGGCACUACCGUGGGGAAGAGAACGGUAAGGAGUUAAUGAGAAAUUCCUUUGAUUAGGUGACAGGUAGAUGCUGAUGGUAAAUUAAAUAAAUCUGGUAAGCAUUAUUGUAAUCGUGAGACAUAUGUCGUGAGCUGUAUUGUACAAGGUUUUGAGUUCAUUAGAGCCCGUUACGGGAAGUUAAUGGGAGGGGUUGUAUUAUUUCUUAUGUAAAUUGGUAAUUUCAUUACCUUAGAAAAAGCUGGUUUGGGAU